AUGUCUACUGUCAACGCGCAUCCAAUCUACCAGACAGAUGAAGAGAUGGAAAAAGGACAAGCCGGCACGCUUGAAUCUCAAUCACAGAGGCUUAUUCCAGACACCAAGAAGUACAUCAAUGCGCUCUUGCAAGGGUUGGGCCUGGAAGAGCCAACCACAACCACAACCGCAACACCAACACCAACACCAACCGCCACAUCCACUGCCAGCGUCAAGACCAAGCAGGAAACGGCGGACAAGAACCUAACACAAACAACGCACAUCAUCUACUCGAGCUCCACUAGUCACACACCCACUUCUAGCAGUAAUUCGGCGGGCUACACUCAUGUUGUGAAAGACGCGUACAGCAAAAACAAACCGAUCGAAAACAUCCAGAUUGGGCCUGGUUGGAAUGGGGAUCGGAAAGUUACCCCCGAGGAUCUCCCCGCUGUCUCUGAUACUUUGUACAGGGAACUGGAGAAUCGAUUGAACAAUGUGAUUGACAGCUCUGAUGAGAUUGGAUUGGACAGCUUCCUGUGA